AUGCUGAGCCGUGUUGUGUUUCGGUCCUUACGAUUCCAGAGCACGGCGGCAUCGUCAAGUUCGAGUAGUUCUACGAUUGGCAAUGGCUUCAGAACCUACCCAGUAAAUGAUGACGUUUACGGACUUACAGAUGAACAAAGAAUGGUAUGUUUACAUUUUAUGUAACUAACCUACGUAAUUUUAUGUUUUAAUAGUCUAUUGUCAUCUACUGCCGGUACUGUAACAUACUGUAGUAUUUCUUUUUAGUUGAGGGAAACCGUCUUCAACUUUUCCCAACGCGACUUGGCCCCAUAUGGCAACGAAAUAGAUAAGCACAACAACUUUACCAAUCUUCGAGAAUUCUGGCGCAAACUCGGUGACAAUGGCUUGCUAGGAAUCACAGCUCCAGAAGAGUACGGAGGCUCUCAGAUGACAUACUUUGACCAUGUUAUCGCGAUGGAGGAGUUGUCCAGAGCUAGUGGAUCUAUCGCUUUGAGUUAUGGUGCUCAUUCCAACUUGUGUGUAAAUCAAAUUGUCAGACAUGGUACUCCCGAACAGAAGGCCAAGUACCUGCCAAAGGUAAUAUUUGGGCUUUACUUUUUUUGGAACAGUUAUCAUUAACUCCUGACAAUCUUAUUACAAAGAUGUCAAUUAUUAUUAUGUACCUAUAAUGUGGUCGUUGUAGCUUAUCAGUGGAGAGCACAUUGGCAGUCUGGCCAUGUCCGAAGCCAACGCCGGAUCCGAUGUGGUUUCGAUGCAGUUGAGAGCUGACAAGAAGGGAGACCGUUACAUUCUGAAUGGAAACAAAUUCUGGAUUACAAAUGGUCCUGAUGCCGAUACAUAUGUUGUCUACGCCAAGACAGAUGUCAGCAAGAAACAACACGGAAUCACGGCCUUCAUCGUGGAAAGGGUAAGUUCAAGUUUAAAUAUACUAGCCAAAUUUAAGGAGUUUUUGUGUUUUUAUUUUAAAAGUAUUGUUCAAAAUAAGGGAUUUUGUUACUUGACAUUACUAUGAAAAGUCAUUGAUUGCCUUUACUUUUACAGGAUUGGAAAGGAUUCAGCCGUGGUGAAAAGCUGGACAAAUUAGGAAUGAGGGGAUCAAACACUUGUGAGCUAAUCUUCGAAAACGUUGAAGUACCAGUCGAAAACAUACUGGGCAAAGAAAACGAAGGAGUAUAUGUUCUGAUGACUGGACUCGAUGUCGAACGUUUGGUACUAGCUGGAGGACCACUAGGACUAAUGCAAAGUGCCUGUGACAUUGCCUUCGACUACGCCCAUCAAAGAACAGCCUUUGGAACCAAAAUUGGUACCUUCCAGCUGAUGCAAGGAAAGCUGGCUGACAUGUACAGUACUCUCUCCGCGUGUCGCAGUUACUUGUACACGAUUGCACGAUCUACUACAGCUGGCAAAGUGACCAGCAAAGACUGUGCUGGCGUUAUAUUGUACACCUCGGAGAAGGCCACUCAAGUAGCUCUUGAUGCUAUUCAGAUUCUUGGAGGAAAUGGCUACAUCAACGACUACCCGACCGGUCGACUCCUCCGUGAUGCUAAAUUGUACGAAAUUGGCGCCGGCACGUCGGAAGUACGAAGAUUAGUGAUUGGAAGAGCUUUGAACAAAGAAUACUCAUAA